AUGAGCAAGACUAUCAAUACCGUCAUAGCCACGGUGCCGGCUAUGAUUCCACCCUUUGCACCUUUUGAAAGACCCUUUGAAUCGGUAGAAGCCGCGCUCGUGACGGCGGGGGUGGUAGAAGUAGUCGAGGUGGAGGAGGUCGACAUCGUUGAGGAAGCCGUCGAGCUCACAGGAAGUGGUGCAGCCAGACCCGUUACAACAGCCAGUCCACGAGAGCAGGUGCCAGCAUCGCAGCAUCGACCGGAUAACCUGGCCCAACGGCCUGAAGUCGAAUCCGAAGCAGAGCGGUUCCUUCUUGACACAGCGAUCCAUGCAAUCGGACCAAAGCAGUUCGUCCGUAGGAUCCAGGAAGUCGACUACGGCGCUAAUGUCUUUUCCGCAAAGAUUAUGGAACGGGACCACAAGACCGGUUUGGUUGUGCGCGUAAUGAUUGUUAGGAGACAUGAGAGCCAGAGAUUCGACCGAACGCUUGGAGAGAAGAGAGAAGGGGGAAGAUGCGAGAAGGCUGGACUAGGCAAAGACAUAAGGAAGCUAUUAGUAUUGCGAGGCUACUUCUUCUUCAUCGCUGUAGACUCUCUAGCACAAAGCGUCGUCCCCCCAACAGAUGCACUAGCAUGCGACGAACAAUUCAUCAGACAUCUGGACUUUGACCUUGCCCAAUGA